AGCAUCCAUCUUUGAUUGUGCGACGGGCCGCGGCGAGAGCGGGGCCUCAUUGCUCACUCACCUUAGCACAACGCUCCUGAUUCCCGAGAAACGGGCGUGGACGGACCCGAAGAGCUAACCGGACGACGCCGUACCGGCUCCCCCGCUCGAAACCCGAAGCCACGAAGACAGUUCGACCGGCGAACCGAGGACGUGGAUUCGGACGCCGUCGCAACCGACGAACCGAGCGAGCUAACUUGCAGGAGCCGGGCUAGCCAGCUUUUGUAAUCCGCCGGCGAGACACCCUAAACUCGCCCCGCCGCUGCGAGCCUUACAAGCCAGGAUUCCAAUUUUUAAAAAAGUCCAAAAGACCAAAGGAAGCACCGGCACUGGCAGGAGCUGGUUCCGGUGGCGAGGCCAAAGGACCAGACUCGAUGAGUUUCAAGCGAAAUGUCCGAGAAGUCAGGGCAGAGCACCAAGGCAAAGGAUGGCGGCAAAACCAAGUAUGCGACCCUUAGCCUCUUCAACACCUACAAAGGCAAGUCUUUGGAAACCCAGAAGACUGCAGUUGCUGCUAGACAUGGGCUGCAAAGUCUGGGUAAAGUUGCUGCCAGCAGGCGCAUGCCCCCUCCGGCUAACCUGCCCAGUUUGAAAGCGGAGAACAAGGGCAACGACCCAAACGUUAACAUCGUCCCCAAAGACGGCAGCGGCUGGGCAUCGCGGGGCGAGGGGGGAGAAGAGAGGCAACAAGAGACACCCCCACCUCAACCCAAGCCAGUCGUGGUCCCGCCUCAAGAACCUCCCACAGGGGCAAGCCGCUCCUGGGCGAAUAGCAAGCAGACCCAACUAGACGGAGCUCCACGCGUGAGCAGCCACUUCCACCAAGAGUUCCCCAGCUUGCAAGCGGCCAGCGAUGGCGAGAAAGACGGCCAGCAGGAGGAGGACGAGGAACCGUACGGACCGGGCCCCAGCCUCAGGCCUCAAAAUGUCGGCAGUUGGCGUGAAGGCGGGGGGAGGAAUUUAAACGCCGCGUCCAGCCCCUCCGAGAUGGACAACAGGCCCCCCGAGGACGGAAGCGCCGAGCCCGAUACCUCCCCGACCCACGAGGACGCCGACGAGGCCGGCCGAAACGUAACCACUGACGGCCAGAAGGAGAAGCGGGACGGCAGGGACAAGCUGCAGGCCUCUCAGCCGAAACUUAACGGGGGCCAGCAGCCACCUGCAGGGGUGCCCCCCCACUUUGACCCCACGUUCAGGAGCAUGAUGCCACCUUAUAUGUUUCACGCGUACCCUCAAGUGACCCAAGGCCCGAGGCAAGCCAAUGUCCUCCGAUACACCAUGCCACAAGAUGGCGUCAGGGCUCCUCGCUCGGCACGACCACAACAGCCUCCCCCUCAGGCUUGGCUCCAAGAUCCGGACCGACCUUCGAUCAUAAGCGCAACGGAGCUCAAAGAGCUGGACAACUUGGACACCGAUACCGAUGAAGGCUGGGCAGGAGCUCAGAUGGAAGUAGACUACACGGAGAAGCUGAACUUCAGUGAUGAUGAGGAGAACCAAGCUGCUAAAGAAAAAGGAGAAAACUGGGAGUGGAUAGGCAAAGUGGAACGUAUGAGAUCGCGUCCCCCUGACGUUCAGGAGGGUUCAGAUGAGCACGGAGACGGUAAAACUUCACGGGCGGACAUUGUCGAUCCCAGAGCGCCGUCGCCCGGCACCGCGGGCCACUACAACAAAGCACCUGCUCUGCAAGACUACCAGGGCGGCUCUCGCGUCAUUAGCGGCGGCGCCCAGCGCGGCAGCAAACCGCCGUCCGGAGUCGCUGCCGCCGACGAGGACUCGGAGGCUUGGCGGCAGAAACGCAAGAAGUCAUCUGAAGUUUCCGAAGCCGUUGAGCGGGCGAGGCGCAGGAGAGAGGAAGAGGAACGCCGAAUGGAAGAGCAGCGCCUCGCCGCGUGCGCCGAAAAACUGAAACGACUCAACGAGAAACAUCGCCAGUCGACCGAGGGUCAAGCCAGUCUGCCUCAGGCAGCUUGCGGUGAGGGUUCAGCGCCGCAAGAAGAAGCCCAGCCAACUCCCGAGCUCGCAUCGAGCCCCGCACCCGCAGUCGCAGUUUUACAGCCACAGGCCUCCGUAGUACAAACUCAUCCACCCGAGAGGGCGGACCAAGAUUGGGCGGAGAACAAACUAGAGCAAAUGGAAUCAAACGCCGAGGAAGAGGACAAAGAGGAGGCACCUCUAUCCCAUCGUCCCACUUCCCCUGUGGUCUCGGCCCCCGAGCAGCUGACCGAAGCAGAGAGCGCCUCGGCAGAGGUCGAGCCGCUCGGCGACGAGAACCAAGCUGAACGGACAACAGUGCCUAUCCGAGACUAUUUCAACAUGGAGGACAACAGAGUGGACGAAGCGCACCCGUCCCUGCCUCAUAUGGACACCCCCAGCAGUGAGGACGUGGCCAUCGCCACCCCGCUGCUGGAGGGAGAGGCGGCCGCUGCUAUGCGUCCUUCCCUCACCUCCGGCUACUCCAAACAGUUUCAAAAAUCCCUGCCGCCUCGUUUCCUCAGACAGCAGGAGCAAAUGAAGCAGCAGCAAUGGCAACAGCAGCAGCAGCAACAUAGUGGGGGCUCUGUGUCCCCGUCGGGUAGUGGUGGCGUUCCAGCUGCCCAACAGCCGCAGCAACACCGCUCAAUGUAUCAACCCAUCGGGCCCCAUCACCAGCACUUGGCCUCAAUGGGCUUUGACCCCCGCUGGAUCAUGAUGCAGUCCUACAUGGACCCUCGCAUGAUGUCCAGCCGCGCUCCCAUGGACAUGCCCGCCAAUAUUCACACUGGGAGGAUCCCCCCGAAGCAGAUAGCACGCCGCGAGCCAGGGGACAACUCCAGCUCCAGUUCAGACUCCUUCGACCAUUUGACCCGACCCAUCCGUGACCAUGGCAUGCCACCUGACUCGAGGAUGGUGUGGGGGUCCGACCCGUACCCACCGUCGGAACCACUGUCGUCUGUAACUCCUCCGAAAGGGUGUGAUGACAGCAAGGAGCCAAGGAUUGACUCCAGUUUAGAUUUGGAAAGGGGUUUACCGCCAAUGUAUCCCAAGGAGCACAGUGGCUUGGACUCGCGCAAGAGUAACUUCUUUCGGGACUCGCCCGAACCCAUACCAGCCUUUUCACAGAGCCCAGAUAACGUGCCUGGACCUAUAGACCGGGUUCCCGUCGCCUCGAGCUUCGACCCCGAUGAGUCUGGUUUGCCGAGCGGGGAAGAAGUCGAAGCGCUAGGGAAAGCUAUGCUGCAGAGAAGUGUCUCCCAGGGCUCCUCGCAGUCACUAAAGCUGGACGAGCCCAGGUUUGAUGUGCUCCCGCUGGGGAGCAAAGCACUUGAGCUUCAGGACACUGUUGACCGGGCGGACGAUAAGUCUCCGAACGAACUCUUCACACCGGCAGCGUUGACCAACAACAGAGCCACGCCGCCGUCCGACGGGCUUCACAAACCCGAGAAGCUGCCUCUACCUGUUCCCAGCAAACAGAAGGUUGAGCUACGCUGGGGCGGGAGGCCCGGCCGCAGAGAAGGACCGGGGGGAGAGAGACCUCUCCGCAGGUCUGGGCCAAUUAAGAAGCCUGUUCUAAGAGAUAUGAAAGAAGAGCGAGAGCAAAGGGAAGAAAGAGAGAAACGCCACGAGAGAGGAGAAAGAGGGGAUAGGACCAAGAAGGACCAGUCCUCCAAAGCUCCCUCUGUGGCUGCUGCCGUCUCUGUCGCCACGGUGGCGGCAGCCGCCACGGCUUCACCAGCGACUGAAGGACCCAGUGCGCAAGGCGAGGGCAAGAGAGAAGCUGCCGAGGUUGAGGAAACGCAGAUUUGCCUUCCCAAAGCCAGAGAGUCCCUAACAUCUUCCGGGGUCCCGACGUCUUCCUCCCAGGAAGAUAAAGUUGACAAACCGCUUAGCAACGAAAAGCACGCGGAACCUAAACUGCCCUCCCGAAAGGAGUCAAAUAUCGCUCUCCGUAACUACCGGCGAGAAGAGAGGGAACGAGACCGUGAGCGGGACAAAGAUGUGGACAAGGACAGAGACAGGGAGUGGCCGCUCGAUGCCAAUUUCAAAGGUCGGGGUCGAGGGGAGUAUUACUCCAGAGGCCGCAGCUUUCGCGGGACGUACAGCGGCAGAGGGCGAGGCGGUCGCGGUCGGAGCAGAGAGUACCCUCACAGAGAACCUCGAUCCCGCUCGGAUUUACCCUCUGGAGCGGCGGCCUUCCGGAACAGGGAGGAAAGCGAGACGCGUAGCGAGAGCUCCGACUUUGAGGUCAUACCGAAGCGCAGACGGCGACGCGGCUCGGACACGGAUUCCGAAAGUGAGGGCGGGAGGGAGUCCGCUAGCGAUACCGGGCCAUCCGAUCGCGAGCCCAGCGCCAAGCCCAGCCGACCGCUUCGACGCGAUUUCCCCGGCGAGGUGCGGUCUGGCCUCCACAAGCCGGGCUUUGGACCACCUCACGUGGGGGACAAAACGGGGUCUCGGUUUGAUGAUGAAGGCAGGCCCAAACCAGGGUUUCUUCCCAAAGGAGAGCCUUCUCGGCGAGGAAGAGGAGGCUUGUACAGUCGGCGUGGUGUAGCCAGGGAACGUGGCGGCCCUCGCUCGGCCCCACUGAGAAGACCGAUGGGCAGAGACUCCUUAUCUCAGUGGCCUUCCAAGCCUAUGGAGACAUUCAGACCCGAGGACAUGGAGUCCACAUCAAGAUACGAUCAUCCGCUGUCGGAUCGACGGCCACCGAGAUCUGAUGGCAAAAGAUUCAUGGACGGGGGCCCUCAGAGUAGCAGAGAGAGACCUCGCCGAUCCAGACCGGCAAGACCUCCCAGGCAAGAUAAGCCGCCCCGCUUCCGGCGGCUAAAGGAACGAGAGGCAGCGGUGCUGGCGAGCGGAGAUCCAGGUUCGGGUCGACCUGUGUCUCUCCCCCCUGUGCCUGCUCCUGCUCUCGCUGGCGCUGCCAUAUCUGCACCCGCAUCUGUCUCACCCACCUUAUCAAGAGCUCCAGGGACUCCCUUGACCGUACCUGCAGAAGUGGCUGCGCCCGCACACAAUCUCCCCGCUCCCCACGACGGUCCCUUUUCCAAGACCGCCGCCGCAGUCGGAACCAAGUCCCCGGAUUUGUCCAAUCAGAACUCCUCCGAUCAAGCCAACGAGGAAUGGGAGACGGCCUCCGAGAGCAGCGACUUCAAUGAGAGGAGAGAGCGAGAGGAGAGGCGAGGAGCACAGGAGGCCGCCGGUAACGCGGCCGCCGCCCCGGCGCCUGCGCCCCUUCUGCGCUCGCUGACGCCCAGUAAAAGCCCCCCUGAGGGAGUGGUCUCGCCCAAGCGAGAUGGAGCCGCCGCUGGCAAGAGGAGCUUCUCCAGCCAGAGGCCUAUUGAGAGACAGAAUCGAAGAGGUAACAGUGGAGCCAAGUCAGGUCGCAGCUACGGUGGGCCCAAAGGGGACCGAAGGGGAGGAGCCAAAGGAGGCCGCAAAGGCCCCGGCCUUCAGCCAAACUCUGACGGGACGGCAACAGCCUCCGGAUCGUCGAGGUCCGCCAAAGAUCAGGCUGCACGACGCAAAGAUGAGGCCAAGCUGGCUGUCAAGAAGCCCAAAGAAAAUGCUCUUUCUCAGUUUGACCUUAACAAUUAUGCCAGCGUGGUCAUCAUCGACGACCACCCUGAGGUCACCAUCACAGAUGACCCGCAGUGCAGCACUCACGACGACGGUUUUACUGAGGUGGUCUCGCGCAAGCAACAGAAACGUCUCCAAGAUGAGGAGAAGCGGAAGAAGGAAGAGCAAACUACUCAGAAUUGGGGUAAAAAAGGCUCCGGUGAAAAGAGCAGAGGUGGUGGAGGAAAGUUACCUCCAAGAUUUGCUAAAAAACAAUCGUCGCAGCAGCAGCAGCAACAACAACCGCAGCAGCAACAGCAGCUGCCACAACAGGCUCCUCCCACACAAUCUCAACCUGCAGCACCAGCAUCCAGCCCUCAAGUCCAACAACAGCCCGCCAUCUCUGCCCCUCAGCAUCCUCACCUGGCGCCCUCUCAGCCAGCCGCACCCCCUCAGACCCUGGAAGCGACGGUGCCCUCUGUGCCGGCCGCCACCGUGGAAUUCACCUCAAAGAGCCUCCCCGCCACCACAAGCGCCGCACAAACGCACGGCAAUCUGGGAACCGAACUGUGGGAGAAGAAAGUGUCUGGCCCGCCCGUCCUCCCUGAUGUUAAGAAGCUGGGUCCCAUCAGUCCUCCUCAGCCUCCUUCUGUGAGUGCCUGGAACAAACCUCUCACCUCCUUUACCGGCACAGUUUCCACCGAGGGUGGCAAAUCCGGCACAGAGGGUGGCGUAGAGUUGCCCAUCGACACUAUUCAGUUCGGGGCGCCGUCGUCGGCGGGCAGCACGGACAGCGACGGCGUUCCCGCUCUGCUCGAGACCGCCACGGACAACAAGCUUCCCGCUCCGAAAGAACAGAGACAAAAACAACCUCGCGCUGGACCCAUCAAAACACAGAAGCUGCCUGACAUGGAGCCCGUAGAACCCAAGGAAUACAAGCCGGGUCCGAUUGGCAAAGAGCGCUCCCUGAAAAACCGCAAGGCAAAAGACGCCCGCGGAGGUGAGGGCGAGGGCAUGGAGGCGGGAGUGCCGGCGGGCAUCGUCGUCAGCAGAGCCGCUGCCUCCAGCCCCCCCACCAGCGACGCCGCUGUCGGCGAGCUGGGCCGGGACAUCGAGGGCAUGAUCACGGUGCCGUCGGUGGAGUACACCAGCAACUCAAAGGAGUCUGUCACAGACUACACCACCCCUUCAUCCUCGCUCGCUGACAGCGUUUCAUCCGGAAACAACAAAAUGGAAGAGAGUCUGGUUGCCAACGUGGCACUUCCACACUCGUUGCCUCUUCCCCGACGAGAGACCUUGCAGCAGAGCUCCCCUCUCAGCACAGUCUCCCCAGCUACCGUUGACCUAACACUAAAGAUGGAGUCCGCUCGCAAAGCCUGGGAGAACUCGCCCAGUCUGGAGAAGAACUCCCCAGUCACCUCGUCUUCCUCACCCAUCACCUCCUGCGCCUCCUCGUACUCGUUCUCCUCGGCGUCCAUGCAGCAGAUCCCCGUGGCGUCCGUCACCCCCAGCACGUCACUUUCCGGUUCAGGCACCUACACGACGUCGUCCCUAGGCACCAAGACCACCACUGCCUCGGACCCCCCGAACAUCUGCAAGGUGAAGCCUCAGCAACUGCAGGGCGGCAGCCUGACCUCCAGCGGCGGCAGCAGCUUUUCCCAACUGAGCUGCGUGCCCCCACUGCUGCCCCAGCAGCAGCAACAGACCCCGCAGGUGUACGUGUCUCAGUCUGCAGCAGGUUCUGCAGCUCAGAUUCCAGCCUUCUACAUGGACACUAGCCAUCUUUUCAGCACCCCACACCCUCGCUUGGCUCCUCCCUCUUUGGCGCAGCAGCAAGGCUAUCAGCCCGGUCUCUCUCAGCCAACAGCCGUGCAGCAGAUACCAAUCCCCAUCUACGCUCCACUACAAGGGCAGCCCCAGCACCAACACACGCACCAGGCCCAACUGGGACUCGGCGCCGGUCCUUCGGUCUCUCAGCCCCAGGACCUAUUCAGCUCCUCGCUGCAGCCGUACAGGUCUCAGCAGGCGUUCAUGCAGAGCGGCCUGUCGCAGCCCUCCAUGAUGCUGUCGGGGCCCUCGCUGCAUAGCUACCCGGGCGUGCAGGCGUCCGAGCUGGGCAAGCCGCAGUCCAGCCUGGCCUACCAGCAGCCCUCCUCCACCCAGCACAUCCCCAUCCUCUUUGAGCCGCAGCUCAACCAGCCGUCUGGCAUGGGGGGCUCCCAGCUCAUUGACACCCACAUGCUGCAGGCUCGUCAGGGGAUGAGUCAGCAUUCCAACAUGUACUCGGGGCAGGUGCAGCAACAUGGACAGAGUAGUUACUACAGCAACACCCAGUCUCCCAGUUCUGCCAUGCAGCAGGUGACAGUUCCCUUGCCAGGUUCCCAGCUCUCCCUGGCCAAUUUCGGCUCGGGCGGCGGUCAGCCCCUCUUGGCCAUGCCGCCCACCCCUCCGCAGGCGCAGCCCCCCAACAUCGGCAGGCAGCCGCCAAUCUCCCAGCCGUACCGAGGCCUCAUGGGGCCUGGCCACGGCCACAGCCACAGUCACAGCCACAGUCAUAGUCAUAGUCAUAGCCACAGCAUGAUGCAGGCUCCCACCAGCAAGAUGGACAUAGACCUCAAGCUGUUUGGUGCCGGGAUGGAUGUGAAGACCGUAACGCCUCCAGUCAGCGCCCGGAGCACCACGCCAACAUCCAGCCCUUACAGGACAAGCUCCACCUCCCCCAGCAGCCAGUCGGCCAAGUUGAACAGCAUGUUGUACCAGAAGCAGUUUCAGCCCAACUCUGCCAGCAUGAGAAUGACUCAGCACUUCCCCGGCCAGUUCAACCCUCAGCUUCUGUCUCAAGCCAACAUGGUGUCCCCCCUUGUGCGGGCACCUCACACCAACUCGUUUGGAGGCGGUGGCAUGCAGCGCUCGGCCAUGGGCCCACCCAUGACCCCCAACAUAGGUAUGGGCAUGGGUGGUAGCGGUGGUGGCCUGAUGCCCCACCCCAGGCCUCAGCACCCACAACAGCACAGCCAGCACCCUCCCCCCCGGGGGCCUGGCGGUCCCCCCAUGCCACCCAGGGGCACGCAUGCUGCCCUGAAGGCUGAACAGGACCUCAAGGCCAAGCAGCGCGCCGAGGUCCUGCAGUCCACCCACAAGUUCUUCUCGGAACAGCAGCAGCUCAGCAAGGCGCUCAAGCCGCCGGCCCAGCUGCUGGACACCUCCCCGCCCCAGAUGGCACAGCUGCCGCCCCCCAACUCUAACCCCAACCUCGAUGCCGAGAAGCCACCUCAAGUCUCCUCUGCGUCGUUGGCGUUGUCCAAGCCCGUCCGCACCGGACCCAUCAAGCCGCAGGCCAUCAAGCCGGAGGAGGGCAAGUAAAAACGGGAGAAUCCAAACAGCCAGCCGGCCGGCCGCCUUUUAUCAGCUGCGUGUGCACACGCAUGUUUGGGAAAACGUAGAGGAGUUGACACAGAUGUGUGCUGCUCACUUUUUGUUUUUGUUUUUUUUAUUGCUCUUUUUCUUUUGACUUCAGCUCCUUUUUUUAAGAGAGGAUCACUCUGACCUGUUUAGCUAAUGACAGAACCUCUGUUAUUUUUCUUUUUUGUAGUGGAAACAAUCUUGUCGAGGGAGACACGGUCGAACUAAUCGUGACAUUCGAGCAUCAUUUCACACCACGAAACAUCCCAAAUUGUCUCCACAGCCCCCCCCACUACCAUGUGAAAGCUGAUCUCACCAUGCACGUGUGUGUUGUGUGUGCGCGUGUGUGACAGGAUGCUCCUGUAUAUUUAACCAAAGGUUAAAACAGCACAGGGAGAAUGUUGUAGUGCUCUCACACACUCUUACACACACACACGCAUUCUUUACGAGAACACAGAAGGAGCUGCAAUGUGAACUAUGUUGGCAGAUUUUUUUUUUUUUUUUUUUUUAUAUUAUAAAUAUAUAUCUAUAUAUGCUGAUGAGAAGCAUCAGUCCUGUUUUCUCCAUGUCUGCCUUCUGUCCCAAACAAGCAAACAAACAAGCAAAGAAGCCGAGCACGCUCCGGUCUCUCGUCUCUUCUUCGCCUCCUCCAUCGGAGGCUCCCCUCACACAAAAUGGCUGACCCCCCCCCUGUUUUCUAGGCAGGAAAAGGAAGAGCUUUGGAAGAUGGGUGAGUGGAUGAUGGAUGGAUGAAUGAAUGAAUAAGAGAGGGAGGGAGUUUCAUGUUUUUGUUUCUCUUUUCAUUUGUUUUGUUGUACUUGUACAGGGGUUACAUCGCUGUAUUAAAAUAUGUACGGUCUUAUUUACAUUCUCUUGGUUUGGUUACAGAAACUAAUAAAAAUAAAAUACUGUUAAAAGAGGA